AUGUCGAAAUCCGGCGACAAACAACCAGUCGAUAGGUAUCUGAGACGUCAAGUGCUCGGAGAGGGAACAUACGGUGUCGUUUACAAAGCCACCGACACUAAGACUGGGAAGACUGUUGCGGUGAAGAAGAUUAGGUUAGGGAACCAGAAAGAAGGCGUGAAUUUCACGGCGCUUAGAGAGAUUAAGCUUCUAAAGGAGCUUAACCAUCCACAUAUAGUCGAACUCAUUGAUGCGUUUCCUCACAAUGGAAGCUUGCAUCUUGUUUUCGAGUAUAUGCAAACGGAUUUGGAAGCUGUGAUUCGUGACCGGAACAUCUUUCUUUCUCCUGGAGAUAUCAAGUCGUACAUGUUGAUGACGUUGAAAGGUUUAGCUUAUUGUCACAAGAAGUGGGUGUUGCACAGGGAUAUGAAACCUAAUAAUUUACUGAUUGGAGAGAAUGGUCAGUUGAAACUAGCUGAUUUUGGUCUGGCGAGGUUGUUUGGGAGUCCAAAUCGGAGGUUUACUCAUCAGGUAUUUGCUACAUGGUACAGAGCGCCUGAAUUGCUGUUCGGGAGUAGACAGUAUGGAGCAGGAGUUGAUGUCUGGGCUGCAGGCUGUAUCUUUGCUGAGCUAUUACUUCGUAGACCAUUUCUACCGGGUUCUACUGAGAUUGAUCAACUUGGAAAAAUCUUUCAAGCUUUUGGAACUCCAACACAAGCCCAAUGGUCUGACAUGAUCUAUCUCCCAGACUACAUGGAGUUCUCCUUUACGCCUGCUCCACCAUUACGUACCAUUUUCCCUAUGGCAAGCGAUGACACUUUGGAUCUUUUAGCAAAAAUGUUCAUCUAUGACCCACGACAAAGGAUCACGAUACAGCAAGCUUUGGAACACAGGUAUUUCUCGGCUUCUCCAUCACCAACUGAGCCAGGAAAGCUUCAGAUUCCGGCUUCAAAAGGAGAUGCCCUAGAACCAAAAGCCUCUGAGCACAACCAACACGGAAGUAGCCCAGCCGUGCUAUCACCUCCUGGAAAAAUGAGGAGAGUGAUGGGUCCUGAAGGACUCACCUGA